AUGAAGAAUGGAGAAUGGCUGAGAAAACCUGUACUGGUGGACCGGGCUACUGAACUGGGAGCUCGUGGGAAAUAUGCAAGAAUUUGUGUGGAGGUGGAUUUGACACAACCUUUAAUAUCCAAGUUUAAGAUAAAAGGCAUUACUUAUUUAGUCCAAUAUGAAGGUUUGGAUGAUCUGUGUUCUAAUUGUGGUAGUGGGAAAGGAGUGGAGUGA